AUGUUAUGGUUGUGCAGCGCAUACAUUCAGUUAUUCUUUCACGAUUUUGAACGAUUGGACGCCUUCAGUGACCAUAUUUCAAUAAUUAAAAAAAUUGUUAAAUUUUUCAAGAAUAAACACAUACCAGCUGCAGUAUUUUCCCGUAAUAAGAAUCUUCAUGGCAUACCAUCUACAUUAAGUACAAUUAGCCAAACAAGAUGGGCAUCGUCAAUAAAAUGUAUGGAGCAAAUUAAAAUAUGCAAGAAAGCUCUAAAAGCAUCAGUUGUUGAAGAAGCUGUUUGUGAUAAUUGUCCCAUAGAAAUUACCAAUAAUAUAUUAAACGAAGAAUUUUGGACGAAAAAUUUAAAAUUUUUAGCUAUACUCCAACCUUUAGCUACCUCAUUGUUGAAAGUGCAAGGGGAUAAAUGUACUUUGGCCCAAGUAAAAAACGAGAUGCUUAAUUUGGAAAAACACAUAAUACAAUCAUGCCAUGAUUCUAUAUUUUUUUCUCCAUCUCAAGAAAAAAAAAUUAAGGUUAUGUUUGAAAAGAGAAAAACUGAUAUAAAUACAUGUGCUCACAAUGCUGCUUAUUUAUUGGACCCCCAAUAUCAAGGGGAGCAUCUUACUAAUACUGAAUUUGAUGAAGCAUGUAAUAUAAUACAAGAAUUGGGUAUUUUACAAGGUGGUGAUAAUCAAAAUAUUUUGAGUAAUAUAGUAAAUUUCAGAAGCAAAAGCGGUAUAUUUAAUAGCCAUAAUAUGUGGAAAGUUGUAACUUCCAUAGGAAACAAUCAAAUUUCGGCCUCAAGUUGGUGGAAUGCAUUUUGCCCACCUUGCCCAUUAAGAGAAGUCGCUAAUAUUUUACUAACAUUUCCUAGUUCGACUUCUUCUUCUGAAAGAAAUUGGUCGGUUUGGGGCAAUAUUCACACGAAAAACAGAAAUAGAUUAAAGGCUUCUACAGCAGGAAAAUUAGUAAGAGUGUAUCAUAAAUUAAGAUUGAUUAAAAAUAUUAAAGAAAAUAAUGAUAUUGAAUAUGAAUCGGAACAAGACUCUGCCACGGAGGGUGAAACAUUGACUAUAGAAUGA